AUGGCGGCCGCUGCGUGCUCCAAGCGGCCCCUGCAGCUGACGCUGGCGCUGCUGAAGCCGGACGCCGUUGCCCACCCGCUGGUGCUGGAGGCCGUGCAUGAGAUCAUCCUCAGCAAUCGCCUCCUCAUCGUGCGCGCCAAGGAGCUGCGCUGCGGGCGGGAACAGAGCCGCCGCUUUUACCGGGAGCACGCGGGGCGAUUCUUCUACCAGCGGCUGGUGGAGUUCAUGGCCAGUGGCCCCAUGUGGGCUUAUAUCUUGGCCCAUGAGAAUGCCAUCUCCCUCUGGAGAUCCCUGAUGGGACCCACCAAAGUGUUCCGAGCUCGAAACUGUGUCCCAGACUCCAUCCGAGGAGCUUAUGGCCUCACUGACACCAGGAAUACCACCCAUGGUUCAGAUUCCCCAGCGUCAGCCAGCAGGGAAAUUGCCUUCUUCUUCCCAGAGUUCAAUGAACAGCUGUGGUACCAGCAGGAGGAGCCACGUCUGCGCUGUGGGCAGAUGUAUUACAAUGCAGAGAAGCGUGUCCACUGUGUGAUCAGGGGAGAAGAAACAGAGAUGACAUGAGUUACAUGGGAGUGUGGUCUGCUGAGCUGGCUUUAGCUGCUAGCCACACUGUUUGGGUCAGUCCCAUAACAAGACACAGAGUCAUGACGUGUCUUAAGGACUGUGGGGAAAGGGAAGGCAGAUGAGCAUCGUGCUGUGCUGCUCAGGACUGUGAUUUGUGCAGCACGCAGGUGCUGGGACACUUCUGAAACAACUUCUCCACUAGCAGUACUGAAAGUCAACACAGAGAUAAAGCCAUGCACUUCCCCA